UCUUUUUAAACGUAACUUUAAAGUCAAAGUUAUUACUAGAGAGGAAUUAAUUAGCGAUGUUUUGAAUUACGAUUUUUAUACACAUUUUGAAGGAAAAAUGGAUAAACUGGCUUUUAUUACUUUUAUAAUUUAUUUGCUUGCCCAGCCUACAAAUUUGCAACUUCUUAUAAAUGUCAAGAACCAGGGUGGCGACGUUAUUCAGGAGAAUAUAACAGCGAAUGUGUCGGAGGAUACUAUCACCCUGGAGUUCUUGCGGCUUGACGGGGUCCACGUUUCGCAACUCGUAGACUUUACUAACGAAGUAGAGGCUAUGCGGAUAGUGAUUCCGGGCGAAGAGGAGCUGGGCCAGACUGGCCACCAGACCGUCUGCUUCCUCACACAUGCUGCUCAGGCUGACUUCAUUGCCCCUGAUGCCAUGGCUAAACUAAGACAGAAAAACCCAGGCACGGUACGUGUAGCGGAGGAAGAUAAGGGGUGGCGGCAGACGACGGCGACGGCGUGGGCGGGCCGCGCGGCGCGCCUGCUGUCCGCCGCCGCUGCGCGACACUGCGCCGCCGCGCGCGAUCGCGUCUACCUGCGCGCCGCGGACCUCGCGCGCUGGGCGCCGCGACCUGGUAUGGAGCAGUCAUCAUACUCCUCAGCUGUGACUCCAUUUCCUCCUCAUGCACUAGCUUCCGACAAUGUCGACGGCUCGCCUGCAAUCGGCGCGUGCGUCGCAGAAGCCGACACUACCAAGGAAUGCCUGUGUCAUAUUGAGGUAUGUGUAAAUUGGUAUCCUUGUGGUCUGAAGUACUGUAAGGGCAAGCCGCAGGGUGGGCUGAGCUACCGCUGCGGCAUCAAGACAUGUCACCGCUGCUACCGCUACCACUACUACGUGCGGCGCCGCGACGCCUGCCUCAGCUACACAUGACGCCGCGCCCCGCCGUCACUCGCGCACCUCACGCUGCGCUCUCCGUGCCAAACUGACCAUCUAGUCGCUUUAAUUCUAGCUUACCUGUACUUUCACAAAGACUAAUUAUUUUACCUUGUGACAAUACUGUGUAUCUCUCGUGUACAUAUUUUGCUAAGUGUAUUUUAUUGUAAGUGAAGUAAAAUAAAUUUUGUAAGCUGUCA